AGCCACCAUACACGCCCCACCAGCACCUUUGUCCGCCUGCCUCUUAUUAUUAUUAUUUUUAUUAUUGUUAUUCGUGGACCGAGGAGGGCGCGUCUUGACAAUAUGUUCCACUGAACGGGGAGGGCAGGGGAGCCGUGGGGGGUGACUCAAGUGAUAUAAAGACAACAGAAGAGGGAUUUUUUGUGUUUGUUUGAUUUCUGCAUUUUCCACAGCAAUGAAUGAGGACUACCAGUACAGAAUGGACCCCAGCGAUCGUCUUAACAGUCUGGGACAGAGGAGGAAGAGACCCAAGAAGUCCGACAGUAACACCAGUUUCCUGCGAGCGGCGAGAGCAGGAAACAUCGACAAGGUUCUGGAAUAUCUAAAAGGGGGCGUCGACAUCAACACUUGCAAUCAGAAUGGUCUCAAUGCCUUGCACCUCGCAGCCAAGGAGGGUCAUGUAGAUUUGGUUCAGGAGCUGCUGGAAAGGGGAGUCGAAUUGAAUUCUGCCACAAAGAAAGGAAAUACAGCACUACACAUCUCCUCGCUAGCGGGUCAGGCUGAGGUGGUGAAGAUUCUGAUCAAGCAAGGCGCCGACAUCAACACACAAUCUCAGAAUGGAUUCACUCCACUUUACAUGGCCGCCCAGGAGAAUCACCUGGAUGUUGUGCGAUACCUUCUGGAAAACGGGGGCAACCAGAGCACCGCGACAGAGGAUGGCUUCACCCCUCUGGCCAUCGCCCUUCAGCAGGGUCACAACCAGGUGGUUUCCAUCUUAUUGGAGAACGAUACAAAAGGGAAGGUUCGUUUGCCCGCCUUGCACAUUGCCGCCCGCAAAGAUGACACCAAAUCGGCAGCCCUCCUCCUCCAGAAUGACCAUAACGCUGAUGUCCAGUCGAAGAUGAUGGUCAAUAGAACUACAGAGAGUGGAUUCACACCGCUACAUAUCGCCGCCCACUACGGGAACGUCAAUGUGGCCACGCUUCUGCUGAACCGAGGGGCCGCUGUGGACUUCCUUGCGAGGAAUGGCAUCACCCCUCUUCAUGUGGCAUCCAAGCGAGGCAACACUAAUAUGGUCUGCUUACUGUUGGAUCGCGGCUGUCAGAUCGAUGCUAAAACAAGGGAUGGCCUUACUCCUCUCCACUGUGCAGCUCGCAGUGGACACGACGUUACCGUGGAAUUGCUACUGGAGAGAGGAGCGCCUCUGCUGGCCAGAACCAAGAACGGCCUGUCUCCUCUCCACAUGGCGGCGCAAGGUGACCACGCUGAAUGCGUCAAACACCUUCUGGAACACAAAGCGCCCAUUGGUGACGUGACCUUAGACUACCUGACAGCCCUUCACGUAGCGGCGCACUGUGGACACUACAGAGUCACCAAGCUUCUUCUGGACAAGAGGGCCAACCCCAACGCUCGAGCUUUGAAUGGUUUUACACCGCUUCACAUCGCCUGUAAGAAGAACAGAGUCAAAGUUAUGGAGUUACUGGUCAGAUAUGGAGCCUCCAUCCAGGCCAUUACAGAGUCUGGAUUGACGCCCAUCCACGUGGCCGCCUUCAUGGGUCACCUUAACAUCGUCUUGCUCCUGCUGCAAAACGGAGCCUCUCCAGAUAGGAGUAACAUUCGCGGAGAAACAUCGCUACACAUGGCCGCCAGGGCAGGCCAGGUGGAGGUGGUUCGCUGCCUGCUCAGGAAUGGAGCCAUGGUAGAUGCCAGGGCGAGGGAGGAGCAAACUCCCCUACACAUCGCCGCCCGUCUGGGCAAAACCGAGAUCGUCCAGCUGCUUCUGCAACACAUGGCUCACCCUGAUGCCGCCACAGCUAACGGCUACACCCCACUUCACAUCGCCGCCAAGGAGGGGCAAAUGGAGACGGCGUCCAUUCUGCUGGAGGCGGGGGCUUCGCACUCGCUAGCCACAAAGAAAGGAUUUACCCCACUGCACGUUGCCUCAAAGUACGGAAGCCUGGAUGUAGCCAAACUUCUGCUUCAGCGUCGUGCACCACCUGAUGCCGCAGGGAAGAAUGGCCUGACACCGCUUCAUGUCGCAGCGCAUUACGAUAACCAAAAAGUAGCGCUGCUUCUUCUGGAAAAAGGAGCGGAUCCCCAUGCUGUUGCCAAGAACGGCUACACUCCUCUCCACAUUGCAUCCAAGAAGAACCAAAUGGACGUGGCCUCAGCGCUGCUGAAGCGCGGCGCUGACACCAACGUGGUGACGAAACAGGAAGUCACUCCUCUCCACUUGGCCUCAGAGGAUGGCCAGGCCGACAUGACCGCCUUGUUGCUUAGCAAUGGAGCUCAUGUCAACACCCCCACUAAGUGUGGCCUUACUGCCCUGCAUCUGGCAGCACAGGACGACAAAGUAUCGGUUGCGGAAAUCCUUGCCAGAAACGGAGCAAACCUCAACCAGCAGACAAAACUGGGCUACACGCCGUUAAUUGUUGCCUGUCAUUACGGCAACACUAAGAUGGUCAACUUUCUGCUUCAAAAUGGUGCUAGUGUGACGGUGAAGACCAAGAAUGGAUACACCCCACUUCACCAGGCGGCCCAGCAGGGGAACACGCACAUCAUCAACAUCCUGUUGCAAUACGGCGCCAAGCCCAACGCUAUCACCGUGAAUGGUAACACCGCCCUGGGUAUUGCUCAAAGGCUAGGAUACAUCUCUGUUGUGGACACGUUGCGGGUUGUCACAGAGGAGAUCGUCACCAUGACAACGACCGUGACAGAAAAACACAAACUGAAUGUUCCAGAAACAAUGACUGAAGUACUGGAUGUCUCCGAUGAAGAAGGAGAUGACACCAUGACGGGGGAUGGAGGGGAGUAUUUACGAGCCGAGGACCUCAGAGAGCUUGGAGAUGAUUCCCUCCCGGGACAAUAUUUGGAUAGCAUGAACUACCUCUGCUUCAGCCAAGAGGCGGCGCACACCGUCGGUUCGGAGAGGUCAUUCACUCCCACUCGCAAGAACUACUACCAUAAACACGAAAACACGAUGGAGGAGAUGCUCAGCUGUCAGAUGUCUGCGUUUUCAAGGGACCGUGAGACAGAUUCAUACCGACUGAGCUGGGGCACAGAGAACCUGGACAAUGUAGCGUUAACUUCAAGCCCCGCCCACUCCAGUCAUUCCUCUCCAUGCCGUGACCACGCCGAUCAUAGCAGUUUCCUGGUCAGUUUCAUGGUGGAUGCGAGGGGCGGAUCCAUGUGCGGUUUCCGCCACAACGGCCUACGUAUCGUCAUCCCUCCACGGAAGUGCGGCGCUCCCACGCGAGUCACCUGCAGGCUGGUGAAGCGGCACCGGCUAGCCAGCAUGUCCCCCAUCGUCGAGGCGGAGGGUCUGGCUGGCAGGUUUAUUGAAGUGGCGCCUUCUGGCGGCCAGCUUCUCGGGAAGCUCCACCUCCCCAGUGCCCCCCCGCCUCUCAAUGAGGGUGAAAGUUUAGUCAGCAGAAUCCUUCAACUCGGUCCGCCGGGGACAAAUUUCCUCGGUCCCGUAAUCGUGGAGGUGCCGCACUUUGCUUCCCUGCGAGGGGGCGAACGAGAACUUGUCGUCUUGAGGAGCGAGACGGGGGACAGCUGGAAGGAGCACCACUGUGAGCACACCCAGGAAGAACUCAACCAGAUCCUGAACAGCAUGGAUGAAGAGCUGGACUCUCAGGAGGAGCUCCAGAAGAAGCGUAUUUGCCGCAUCAUCACCAGAGAUCUCCCGCAGUACUUCGCCGUGGUGUCGCGCGUCCGGCAAGACAGCAUUCUCAUCGGCCCAGAAGGAGGCGUCCUCGGCAGUACCGUGGUGCCCCAAGUGCAAGCGGUUUUUCCUGAGGGAGCCCUAACCAAAAGGAUCCGGGUCGGCCUCCAGGCCCAGCCUGUCAGCGUGGACAUCGUCCAGAGGACUCUCGGGCACAAGUCCAGCUUCAGCCCCAUUGUCACUCUGGAACCUCGCCGGCGGAAGUUCCACAAACCCAUUACGGUGACUAUGCCGGUCCCCAAAGGAUACGCCGACCCGGCAGGUCUCCAGCACAGUUUGGGACGAGACGUGCCAACCUUACGACUGUUAUGUAGCAUCACAGGCGGAACAACGCCAGCCCAGUGGGAAGAUAUCACUGGAACCACCCCGCUAACGUUUGUCAACGACCGCGUGUCCUUCACCACCAAUGUCUCUGCCAGGUUCUGGCUCAUUGAUUGUCGACAAGCGCAGGAGUCGGUAAGUUUCUCGUCGCAAGUGUACCGCGAGAUCAUCUGCGUGCCUUACAUGGCCAAGUUCCUGGUCUUCGCCAAAAUGCACGACCCCAUCGAAGCUCGCCUGCGCUGCUUCUGCAUGACGGACGACAAAGUGGACAAGACGCUGGAGCAGCAGAACUUCACCCAGGUGGCCCGCAGUCGCGAUGUCGAGGUUCUAGAAGGAAAGCCCAUUUAUGCAGACUGCUAUGGAAACCUGGUUCCUCUCAUCAAAAGCGGCCAUCAUCACGUCUUUAGAUUUUUUGCCUUUAAGGAGAACCAACUAACGCUGUUCAUCAAAAUCCGAGACAACACUCAGGAGCUUUGUGGACGCUUGUGUUUUAUGAAGGAACCUCGCACUUAUUGGUCACACGGACAAAACGGCGUAUGCAACCUCAACAUUACGCUGCCAUCGUAUUGCAAGGAGUCGGAUUCUGAUCAAGACGACGAGGCCAACACAACGCUACAGAAAUACCAAACUGUGGCGGAGACAUCGGAUAUCCGGCGAUCCACGCCGAAUCGAGAACCAGACCUCUUAUCCGAUGUGUCGGAGAUGAAACGGGACUUGAUGAAAAUGACGGCCAUUUUGACAUCGUCCGAGAAAUCCUUGGAUGAAGGGUCCGGUCCCGAGAAGGAGGGGACGGGUGACGUUCUGAGGGGGGAACCGUUAGAAAUAACAGAGAAGGAUUUGGAGAACGUCAAAGAGGACCUCGAGAAAGUUAGUCAAAUACUCCGGAGUGGAACGUGUGACGAGGUGGAUCCUAGUGAUCUUAAAGAGCACCUCCUCAACACGCCAAAAAAACAGAGCAACAUCCAGGAUGGAUCCACUAAAUUAACCACUCCAACCGAAGUUCAAAAGCCUCUACGGGGACCAGUCAAGUCUCCACUGAUUGAAGAGACCCCCAUUGGGUCCAUAAAGGACAAAGUCAAAGCCUUGCAGAAAAAAGUUGAGGCGGAGCAAAAAGGAAAAAGUGUCGGCAGCAGAGUUAAACCUUUGCCAUCUUCUCCAAAAGUCAAAGAAACGCCCAAGUUUAGAACAGGUCCUCCAAAAACACCUGAUGCUGCAGAGGAGACCGUCUCAGUUAAAGAGCUGAUGCAAGUCUUUCAGAAAGCCCAUGGAACCCCGAAGACUGAGUUGGACAAGCCCAAAACAAAAACGGAGGAAAACAGAAACAGAAAACAUGAAAACCAAGACUCUCAAGAACUAUCUCUGGAUUCAAAACCCAAAACUAGAGACUUUGGGAAAAGUGGUGAUGAUGAUGACAAUUCAGACAAGGUUGCUGACUCGCAGAGUUCCGGAACGCCUCACCUAAGUUUUGAGGACAGCUGCAAACACGAAGGUCUGGCCACUCCUGGCACAAGUCCUGAAAGUCUGUGUCUUUCUCCCAAAACUGAGCAAACCUCAAACCAAGAAAAAACAGCAUUACCCAGUGACCAACUGUCUCCUGAAUCAACCCUCCUCGGUGAGUCCGCAUCCAGGACUAAAAAGACCAUUUCCGGCAUCGUAGAGCAACUAAAUAUUCCCCUAGCGUUGCCAUUAGCUUCGUCUGAAGCUUCUAGAUCCUUGGAGUUACCUUUAAGACAAGACUCAGAUCCUCUCAGUCCAUUAGCUGAUGACUCUUUGACCAUAAGCCACAGGGAUUCCCUUGACGGUAGUCCCAUUAUGGACUCCUCCUCCCGUAAGUCCCCAGAUUCCAUUGAACCAAGCCCGACCGAGGGAUCCCCUCCUCAGGACUCUUUAGAGACUAGCCCUGUUGAUCCGUCCUUCGUGAGUAAAUCCCUAAUCCAGCCUAUGCAAAUGAAAGAUACCUUGCAUGAUAGGCUUUUCCAAGACCUCGAGGCUGAUGAGGACAGUGGCGAGCAAAGUUCCGGUAAGAGUCCGCUCUCCCCCGAUACCCCUAGUUCCGAGGAGGUAAGUUACGAGCUACAUUCCAAACCUCCUGACCGUUCAUGCCUGACUUUUCAAUUCAAACCAGCAGCCAUCAUCCAUGAAGAAGACUCAGAAGAAGACGAUACAUUAGACGUAGACCUAGAAUGUAAAUUAGGGCCGAAAAGACUCACAGAAGGGUUAAGUCCUCCUCUUUCUGACAUACUUAUUAAAGCUCCCUCUUCUUUUUCAGCAGGUGCGCAAGAGAAAUCCCAAGCAGACCUAAACCAGUCCAAAUCCCGUCUGAAAACCGCACCGGAACCAAGAAUAGAUAGUCCACAAAACAGAACAGACAAGCAAAAGGAGGACAGCUUACGAAAGUCAAGAGAAAACCAAGGAGACAAUCUUAUUCAAAGUAAUGUGACAGAUGACGUCAAGGGAGGCGUGGUUAGUCAAGCUAGGGACCUAUUCAAACCUGAGUUCUCUAUCUAUGAUGAUACAGAAGAGGCAGAACAUCCCAGAACCGAAUCCAAAGGUGUCACCGCAAGGGUAGACACAGCAGCCUCAUGGUCGAAGGAUGAAGACGCCGCUUUUGAUGCUUGUCUUAAAGUAGAAGAACAAAAAAUACUCAAUCUGGUGGUGGGGGGAGAAAGUAGUCAUUCCCAGCAAGUAAGUCCUGCCUCAACGCCAGGUAAAACGCAAACAGAGGAGAGCACGCCAACUAGCGAGCCCAACCCAUUUCUCUUCCAGGAGGGGAAGCUUUUUGAGAUGACCCGAAGUGGCGCUAUUGAUAUGACCAAAAGAAGCUUAGAGGAUGAAGAUGGCAGCGGAGGUUUUGCCUUUUUCCAGAUCGGUGAGCGAGCGGUAGAAAACAACGAAGCUUCUGCCAAGUCAGAAGUUGGCCUCAAUCUAAAAUUGGAGGUCAAUAUAGGGGAGAAUGCUGACAAAUGUGAAGAAGCUCUUCCGCUUUUAUGUGAGGUGGAUCAGAUGGUGUCUUGUAAGUCGAAAAUUCCUCAAAUGGCAGUCACCGCUUCGAGCAAACCCACUACGUCUCUGGAGAAUCCAACAUCCUCCAAUUUAGAUUCCACUGAUGAAAUGAUAAUGAAUGUAGAGUUAGCAGACACCACCGUUACAAGAUCGGUAUACUCCGAGCAGGGUCAGGAAUCAUCGGAUUCCUCCCCGGAAGAAUCUAAAUCUGUGAUCGAGACCCCCAAAUCCAAUGAAGCAAGUUGUCUUCCUGUCAAAGCUAAAACCAAGACUGCAUCCUCUCCUGCUUCAAAAUCCCGAAUCCCCAUCAAGGCCAAGUCUUUCAAAGGGGUUGAGCAAGACAAAAAUCUCAAGCGACCACCAGACCGGACCACGCGAAGAAAGUCAGAAACAGGACAAAAUACAGGAGGACCAAAGACCAAGAACCUCUCUGAGGGGGUCUCCGCCAGACCGACUAGUAAAGGAGAGCCCAAACCCUUCCAAUCCAGAUUGCCAGUCAAAGGUAAAAGUGGCCAGACUUCCUCCUCCAAGCCACGCCAGAAGAGGUCCGUCGAGUUGUUCGACGAGAUAACCGACGAGGCGGCAAAGCUCGUGGAAAGGCUAGCUGAGGCCAAGAAAGAACAGGAGGCCACUGCCGAUGAUGACAAUUCAGAGGAAGAGAGCAGUCUCGUUGAUUUUUCCAUUAAAAUGCAUCAAGAGGACCCCGUUCAAAGUCAAGAUGCAGCAGAGAGUCCAAAGCAAACAUUAUUGUUGAUAGCGGACCACCUGGGCUUCAGCUGGACAGAGCUAGCGAGAGAACUGGGAUUCAGCCAGGAGAAAAUCGACUCAAUAAGGAGCGAAAAUCCCAACUCCUUGCAAGACCAAAGCUAUGCUCUUUUGAGUCAUUGGAUGGAGGAAGAAGGAGCCACAGAAACAGCACUUAUCAAGAGACUGACUGAGAUCAACAGGACGGACAUCGUUCAACGGAUCCAAAUCACUACAUUCUCUGAACGAAGCGAAGCGUCCAAGGAAUUCACAUACUCGGAACAGGAAAGCGUUGGUCAACAAGCUGCGACAUUAUCAACGUCGGGAUUCGAGAUGGAGCCUGCGAAGGAUCGAAAGGUCAGCAAGGUGGUCAAGACGACAGUGGUGACGCGUCAGAGGACGGAAGACAUCAGAAGAAACGCAGACAAGAAGCCAGAUGGUCCGCCAGAUACAAAAUGCAGCACACCUACGAACUGAAUGGGAAAAAUGUAAAAUUCUAAACCGACGCCGCAAUAUAUCCUGAUGGUCAAACGUUGACUUUUUUUUCUUUUUGUUUUUUUAAUUCAUGUCAUUUUUUGUGUUUUUUAAAAUUGCUUAUUUUUGAGCUUUUUUGUGGCCAAAGACUGCAUCAUUAUUGUCUGUGUUUAUCGUGCAAAUGUAGUAGUGGGUUUUUAUGACAUUCUUUUAGAAAUGAUUCACCCUCACUGAUGUUUUAUUUAUUUUUUUUCUUCGGAAGAAAUGACGGAUUCAUGAAUUGUUGGCACUUGUGUUCGUGAAUAAACUUUCUAGAAAAGCUGUGGCACAUUGUGCUCAUUUAUUAUGAGGAAACACCUCAUAUAAGGACACGACACUGGUUGCCCGAGGAAGGAGGUGAGAUAAACGUGACAUCAACAGAAAAGAAAAGUCUUAAUACUUUGACAACAAUGUUGCAAUGUUAUGAGAGUCAAGCCGUAAUACAGUGAAAUUCAAUCCUUCCAGAAGGUAUGACUCACCAAAAUGUACUCUAACUGAAUCCAUUUUUCCCAUAAGAAAUGAUGUAAAUCCAAUGAAUCUGUUCUAGAAAGCCAAAAAUGUUCAUACAAAACACAUUUUUUAUAGUUUUACAAUUACAGUUUGACAUGUAGAAAACAAUUCAAAAUGGAUGCCAAUACAUUUACAUGAGGAAUGAAAGGGAUAAAUGAACAGUUAAGGUUACAUUUACCUUCACUGAAGACGUGAUUCAGGAAGGUAGUAGUGGUUGAUCUCGCUGCCAUAUUGUGUCUUUGGGAAGAGUCACGUCUUCAACGAAGGUAAAAGUAACCUGUUGUUCAUUUAUCCCUUUCGUUCCUCAUUUACAGUCGUCCCUCAUUUAUGGAGGUGAAUUGGUUCCAGACCCAAGCCAUAGGAUUCAAUGUUAAUAAAUUAAUAUUUUCAUAGCUAGAGCAUAGAAAAGCCUUUCCUAAAUACAUUUUUCAACAUGAUUAGAGCCCUGUAGACAUGAAAUAACCUGCCUAUAGCCACCUUUACACUCCUAUUAUUGUUAUUGUUUACAACACACUCUUAUGCUGCAGGGACUUGACACGGCCGCUAGCUAGCAAACUAGCAAGCUAACAAGUUAGCCUGAAAUUUUUUUUCUUCUAAAUUUAAAGGGAAACUGCCCUCUUUUUUAUUUUGCCCAUCAUCCACAAUCCUUAUGUGAGACAUGAACACACCUCUUUCUCUUUUCUGUGCGUUUAAAGAUAUAAAAAGAGACAGCUCGUAAUGGGACACACCUACAAAGGCUGCUAUUAAAACACCUCCAAAAGGGUUUUAUGGUUUUAUAUCCAUGCUGUAACCAUGUAGUAAGAGGCACUUUCACGAUUACAUGUAAUACUUACAGUAUUUUGUCAUAUUUUGGUCCUAACAUUUGGCAUUACCGGAACUUCCUUCCUGGGUGCAUUGAUUUCAUGCCUACAUCUUGCGUUUUCCAAACUCAAAAAUAAAAACACAGCAGCAGUAGCAGCAGCUCCAAUAUGUAGUGUUACCUUUCGGUAAUGGCCUGACGCAUUGUGAGAGCAGCGCUGACUCGCUAUGAGCGAGUGUGUGGUGAAGCUAGUCGCUAGCUGGCUAGUACCUAGCCGUUGUGGUGUGGCAAGGUGUCAAUAAUUCGUAACAAUGUUAAUUGUCACAAUGUGCUAGUGACUACCAUUUGUUGUGGUUGUCACUGCGUGGUACCUGCCUUCUUCUGGCUUGUUUCUCCUUUAUUGUUGCAGUUACACCUUAAGCGGGCUGGAGGCGGGGACGCUGGGCACACCUGUUGCUAAUUACCCGAUACUCAUUUAAGCUGACUACCCACAGCUGGCAGCCGCUGGUUUAUUGUUUCGCCUCUGCUGGCAACACACCCGAGUGCUUCUGCUACCAAUCGUUGUUCCAUGCCCAUUUGGACCUGCCGCCUCCCUGCCGUCCAGCUAACUCCAGAGUUUGUACUUUUCUUCAUGGUGUAACUUUCAUUUGCCUUUUGUCUCUGUUUUUUGCCACAACACCAUCGCUUUCUGUUUUUGGAACUACUCUCUCUUGCACUUUUUGUCAUUAAAAGUCCUGAAUUACCACACGAACUCUAAGCCUCUGCAUCUGGGGUCCUAAACACACCGAGAACCUGACAGUUAAUAACAAUAAUAAAAAUGUCGCUGUAGCUUGGUUAAUAUGCACGUCACAUUUUAAUGUGGCGCAUUGGCGCUUUUGGAGUUUUUUCCAGAAGGCUUUUUAGGCAGAAUAAGUGUUUCCCUUUAUGUGUCUUUGUUGGUGUUUUGUCAUGUUUGUGUGUUGUCGCUCUGCUGCCGCCUGUCUGUUUUGCCUUGCAGUGCACGCGGCAGCACUGAUGAGCUGAUGAGGGACACCUGUUGCCAAUCACCUGAGCCUUUUUAUGCUGCUGCCCGACUACCAUUCCUUGCCAGUUAUUCCCUUGCCAACCCUGCUUCCCGUACCUCCUUACCUUGGCUCCCAACUGGUCCACUUUUUCCCGUGUUGCUACUUAGCUUAUGUGCUUUCGCUACUUACCUGGUUACCUGCUCUGCAGCUCUUUUCGUUACCGUAAGUCCCUUUUUUCCUGCCUAGCAGUGAUUUUCUUUUGUGUGUUUUUUGGCUCCUGCCCUGAGUUCCUUAGUUGUCUUUUUUUGUAUAUUUUUGUGUUGCAUUUUUCUUGUAUUUUAUGACCUUUGGUAAUAAAUAGCUUUUUGUA